AAUUAUUCCACAUCCUCUUUGAAUAUAAUACCCAAAAUUAAUUAAUGGCCCCUAAUUCUUCAUUUCCUGAUAUAUGGGGUUGGAUCCAAAACUUGCCACCACCAACACAAUGGCAAACAAACACCAAAUUCAUAUGCAUUUGUUCUUCAUCAACUUCAUCUCAACCUUCUCUUGAACUCUCCAUUUCCAAAAACCCGAUUCAUCCUUCGUCUUUACAUUUCUCCAUUCUUGCAAAUUUCAACUUGCCCGUCUCUCUUUGGACCUCUAAACCACUCAAAUCCACCACCACCAACACUCCAAUUCUUGCCAUCGAUAUCUCCAAACUCUUGACAAAUAUAAUUAAAGAUAUCCUUAAAUACACCCCCAUAAAAAACUCCAAUUCUUUCCUUAAACUCCCCGACCCGAAUUCCAUUCCUGAUCUUAAAGACAUAGUUAAUUUCUUGUUUCUUGCACUUUCUUUUGUUGUAUCUAUAUAUGAAGCACCCGAAGAUAUCCGGUGUGACUCUAUAAACACUCUAAAAGAAAUAUUAGCUUGUUCAUGGGCAAGAGAAACAUCUAAAAAACUAAUGAUGUUAAUGGGGUCCACCGCGGAAGAACAAUGGAUGAGAUCCAUGAAUCUUGCAAUCACAAACUGGAUGACGGAGCUACAAGCGUUGAGCCGUAGUGCUGCGUUGAAAGCGCCUUCACCGAUGUAUUCUUCAGCCAUUUCGAAUUUAGGGUUUUGGAAAGUUCAGUUGUAUUGUCCAAUGAUUGCUAUGGAAAUCGAUAAGUGUAACGGUGGACAAGAAGAUCAAAGGCUUGCUUUUUCGUUGAAUUAUCACCAGAUUGAAGGGGUGAUUCAGUUGAAUUAUCAAGUGAUGGUUCGUGAAAAGUGGAUUGAUGUUUUGGUUAGCAUCGAUAACGUGAGGUGUGAUGUAAUACGACUAGUGAACGACAUUCUCAUGAAAGAACGAGGAGCAGGAUCAGACGAAAAACAUUUCCCAUCACGCAUUUCCCUACAGCUCACCCCCACCAUCCAAACCAACAUCUUAAGUGUUUCCGUGAGCCGGUCCUCCGAAAACCCGGCACGAGAAAUCGGUGUGGAGAGAUCCAUAGAAGGCUCGUUCGAGCCACCAAACCCACACAUUGGGAUAUCCGUGUCCGCGGGUGAAACAGUCACAACCAACCUCAAACCAUGGAAAUUCGAACAGUCGGUGUACGGAAGCAGUGGGGCCUUCAAUUGGUUCCUUCAUGAUAGUAUUAACGGCCGUGAAGUCGUCUCGUCAAAGCCGUCAAAGUGUGCGUUGCUUAGGCCGAAAGCGUGGUUCAAAAACAGGUAUUCGAGUGCUUAUAGACCGUUUACGAGAAGCGGAGGGGUUAUAUUUGCGGGGGACGAGUACGGGGAAAGUGUGUUGUGGAGGCUGGGAAGAGGGGCGAUGGGGGAAACCAUGGAGUGGGAAGCAAAAGGCUGGAUUUGGGUGACUUAUUGGCCUAAUAAAUACAAGACCUUUUACACUGAAACUCGAAGGUUGGAGUUUCGUGAGAUUCUUCGUCUCAAUCUUGCUUAAAUAAUACUAACUACUUAUGUUUAAUUGGUUGGGAUAAAUUAUUUGUUGUAUAUAUAAACUUGUACGUGGUGGUUUAUAUGUCAAAUAUUAUUUGGUAAGAUAAUUGCAAAAUAAAUAAAAAUCAUAAGCUUGAGAAUUGUACGUUAA